AUGAGGAGUUCAGAUGAAUUGGUUGAUUCUGACCCUAAACUGAAUAACAUAAUCAGUAAGAUUCCUAGUACCAAAGACCGACUUUCUCGCUACCAAUUUAAACAAUUCAAGACUAAAUCAAAAGAUACUGAUGUUUAAACUGAAUGCCAGGACCAGUACAAGACUUAAAAUUUAUUUCUUAUGGGCGUUGCUUCAUCUCAUGACUAUCUUAACCUAUUGUUCUACAGGUUUGACUAAGGAACUUUGCCUAUGCAGGAUUAUUUAUUAUUCAUUGAAUCCCACGAUCUUAGCAACUAGAGUUCAUCCCAAUUGGAACUUUAGCUUGACGAGCAAAGAUCUUAUAAUUAGAAAAUUCUACUUUGUUCAUUUACACUUGAGAUAGACGGAAUCAACAACUUAGUGAUGAUAUUUUACUAGUCAGAGCAAUUCAUUAAGUAUCAUGUUUUCAACAUAGACCAAGAAUAAAUUUAAAAGCAGCAAUCAAUUGAGCUUCUGAGGCAGAAGACUUCCUGGGUUGAGUACUAUCACAUGAAAAACGAACUCAUUCACAAAUUCACAGCUUAAGUAGACGCUGACGAAAAAUAUCAUCAGGCAUCCCUUAAGAAUGUAGUAUUUAGUGACUUGUAAUCUUCAAUGGCUAUCUACUGCGAAAUGAAUUAUAACUAAUGA